AUGGGAAGAGACCAGGCCGUUGGCUUGCCCAAGCUUUCGAAUUUGCUCAUAAACUAUGAAAUGACUGUACCCAGACGAAGCCAACUUAACCACCUCAAGUACUUGACAUCUACUGCUCAAAGCUGCUUUGACGCCUCCUUCAAGAACACAAGACUCACAGAGGCCUCUCAGUUUUAUUCUUCUCUGAUUCAACAAUGUCUACACACAAGGUCGUUACUAGACGUGGGAAUUGUUCAAACCCAUAUGAUCAAAUCCGGUUAUAUACACCUCCAUAUAGGCAAUAAGCUUAUUGAUGCGAGUUUAAAGUGUGGUAGCAUUAGCUAUGCCCGCAAACUGUUUGAUGAGUUGCCUAACAGGCAUAUAGUCAUGUGGAAUUCAAUGAUCUCUUCUUAUAUUAGCCAUAAAAAGAGCAAGGAAGGAAUUGGGUUGUAUGAGAGGAUGGUCUUAGAUGGAGUGUACCCCGAUGAAUACACAUUUCCGUGUGUUUUCAAGGCUUUUUCUAACCUGGGACUUAUAAAUGAAGGGCGGAGAGCUCAUGGGUUGUCAGUGGUUUUGGGUCUAGAGGUUUCAAAUGUGUUUGUUGGUAGUGCCCUUGUUGAUAUGUAUGCUAAGUUUGGUAGAAUGAAGUAUGCCCGGCUGGUGUCAAACCGUGUUGUGGACAAGGAUGUUGUUUUGUUUACGGCGUUAAUUGUUGGUUACUCUCAGCAAGGUGAUGAUGAUGAAGCUCUAGAGGUUUUUGGGAACAUGAUCGACCAAGGAAUUAAAGCUAAUGAGUAUACUUUUGCUAGUAUCUUGAUCACUUGUGGGAAUUUAGAGGAUUUAACUAAUGGUAAAUUGGUCCAUGGUCUUGUUAUCAAGUCUGGUUAUGAACCCGCUGUGGCUUCACAGACUUCACUCCUAACUAUGUAUGCUAGGUGUGGGUUGAUUGAUGAUUCUCUCAUGAUUUUCAAAAGAUUUCCAAAUCCAAACCACGUAACUUGGACAUCUCUUAUUGUGGGACUUGUACGAAAUGGCAGAGAAGAAUUAGCUUUGACAAAGUUCAGAAAAAUGAUCCACAAGUCAAUAGUUCCGAAUUCUUUCACAUUGUCUAGUGCUCUCCAGGCAUGCUCAAGCCUUGCUAUGAUUGAUGAAGGAAAACAAAUCCAUGCCAUGGUGACAAAAUUUGGAUUGGAUAGAGAUGUAUAUGCCGGUGCUGCUCUCGUGAACUUGUAUGGGAAAUGCGGAAGUACAGAGAUGGCAAGGUCUGUUUUUGAUGCCUUAAUUGACAUUGAUGUGGUAUCCAUGAACUCCAUGAUAUAUAGUUAUGCUCAGAAUGGAUUUGGGCAUGAAGCACUUCAACUUUUUAAUAGUAUGAAAGAAUUGGGACUUGAACCAAAUGAAGUAACAAUUUUGAGUGUUCUCUUGGCAUGCAACAAUUCGGGAUUAGUUCACCAAGGAUGCCAAAUCUUUGCUACUAUUAUGAAUAAUCAAACUAUCGAGUUGACAAGAGAUCACUAUGCUUGCAUGGUUGAUUUGCUGGGCCGUUCUGGGAGACUUGAAGAGGCCGAAGCGCUAGUAAAAAAAGUCAGAAAUCCAGAUGUAGUCUUAUGGAGGACACUGCUAAGUGCAUGUAAGCUUCAUGGAGAGGUAGAGAUGGCAGAAAGAGCUGUAAAUAAAGUGCUUGAACUUGCUCCAGGUGACGAGGGGUCUCAUAUCCUGUUGACAAACGUUUAUGCUUCAACUGGUAAUUGGAGUCAAGUUAUUGGGAUAAAAAGCACAAUGAGGGAUUUAAAGUUUAAGAAGAAUCCUGCAAUGAGUUGGGUUGAUGUGGAUAGGGAGGUCCACACUUUCAUGGCUGGAGAUUUGUCCCAUCCAAGAUCUAGAGAGAUAAAUGAAACUUUAGAAAAACUGAUUGAGAAGGUAAAACUAUUGGGUUAUGUUCCUGAUACAAGAUUUGUGUUGCAGGAUAUGGAUGAGGAGCUAAAGAAGAGGUCUUUGUACUAUCACAGCGAGAAGCUAGCCAUUUCGUUUGCUCUGUUGAUGAGUAGUAAUAAAAAUACCAUUAUCAGGAUAUUUAAGAACCUUAGAGUUUGUGGGGACUGUCAUUCCUGGAUAAAAUUUGUAACCAAAGUUAGUGGCAGAGAAAUAAUUGCUCGGGAUGCCAAGAGAUUCCAUCAUUUUAAGGAUGGACUUUGUUCCUGUGGAGACUAUUGGUGA